GCCGCGGCGUCCAUCACCGCCAGGCGCCAGCAGCUCCGACUGCUAACGGCCGCCGGCCGCCGGCCGCCGCAGAUGCAGAAUCCAAGCGGCACCAUCCUUCAGUUCUACCACUCGGGACGGCUUUCCGCCGCGCUCCGGGCCUUUGAGUCGCUCCCCUUCUCCCCCGCAUCCGCCCCCGACCCUCUCUCCGCCGCUGCCUAUGCCGCGCUCGUCGCGGCCUGCUCCCGCCUCCGCUCCUUCCCGCAGGGGCGCCUCGUCCAUCGUCACCUCCUUGCCUCCUCUGCUGGCGCCGCAUACCUCGCUCGCAACACCAUUCUCAGCAACCACCUCAUCACCAUGUACGGCCGCUGCGCCGCCCCAGAUUCCGCACGCAUGGUGUUCGACGGGAUGCUCGACAGGAACCCCGUCUCCUGGGCCGCCGUUAUCGCGGCGCAUGCGCAGAACAGCCGUUGUGCCGAUGCCAUGGGUCUCUUCUCCUCCAUGUUGCGGUUGGGGACCGCGCCGGACGAGUUUGCGCUCGGCAGCGCCGUGCGCGCCUGCGCGGAGCUUGGGGACUUGGGCCUAGGGAGGCAGGUGCAUGCGCAGGCCAUAAAAUCGGAUAACGGAGGUCAUCUGAUCGUGCAGAACGCACUCGUCACCAUGUACUCCAAGAGCGGUUCAGUUGGGGAUGGAUUUGCGCUCUUUGAGAGGAUUAGGGACAAAGAUUUAUUUUCAUGGGGGUCAAUUAUCGCCGGGCUUGCACAGCAAGGUCGUGAAAUGGACGCACUUCACAUUUUCAGGGAGAUGAUUGCUGAGGGCAUGCACCACCCCAAUGAGUUCCAUUUUGGGAGUGUCUUUAGGGCCUGCUCAGUUGUUAUUAACAGUUUGGAGUACGGGGAGCAGAUUCACGGUUUAUGUGUCAAGUAUAAGCUGGACCGCAAUUCAUACGCAGGUUGCUCGCUGGGUGACAUGUAUGCCCGUUGCAAUAAGCUUGACUCAGCAAUGAAGGUGUUUUACAGAAUUGAGUCACCUGAUUUGGUUUCUUGGAAUUCCUUAAUAAAUGCUUUCUCUGCUGAUGGGCUCCUUAGUGAGGCUAUGGUUCUGUUCUCUGAGAUGAGAUAUUCUAGUCUGAAGCCUGAUGGUAUCACGGUUAUGGCUUUGUUAUGUGCGUGUGUUGGCUGUGAUGCUUUGCGUCAAGGUAGAUCCAUCCACUCGUACUUGGUCAAAUUAGGUUUAGGCGGGGAUGUUAUGGUAUGCAAUUCUUUAAUCAGCAUGUAUACAAGGUGUUUGGAUUUCCCCUCUGCAAUGGAUGUCUUUCACGAGACAAAUGAUCGUGAUGUUGUCACCUGGAACAGCAUUCUCACUGCUUGUGUGCAGCACCGGCAUAUGGAAGAUGUAUUUAAGUUAUUCAGACUCUUGCACAGUUCAAUGCCAAGUCUGGAUAGGAUCAGUCUAAACAAUGUUUUGAGUGCUUCUGCUGAGCUGGGUUACUUUGAAAUGGCGAAACAGGUUCAUGCAUAUGCCUUCAAGGUUGGACUGGUGAGUGAUGCAAUUCUGAGUAAUGCUCUGAUUGACACUUAUGCUAAAUGUGGAAGUUUAGAUGAUGCCAACAAGCUCUUUGAAAUAAUGGGCACCGGCCGCGAUGUGUUCUCUUGGAGCAGCUUGAUUGUUGGCUAUGCCCAAUUUGGUUAUGCAAAGGAAGCACUUGAUUUAUUUGCCAGGAUGAGAAACCUUGGAGUCAAGCCAAAUCAUGUAACCUUUGUCGGUGUCCUCAUAGCAUGCAGUCGUGUAGGACUUGUUGAUGAAGGCUGCUAUUACUACAGUAUUAUGGAACCUGAAUAUGGCAUUGUCCCAACGAAAGAGCAUUGCUCAUGUGUCAUUGAUUUGUUGGCACGUGCUGGGAGACUAAGUGAGGCAGCAAAAUUUGUUGACCAAAUGCCAUUUGAACCUGAUAUUAUAAUGUGGAAUACUCUGCUAGCCGCUAGCAGAACACAUAAUGAUGUUGAGAUGGGGAAGAGGGCAGCAGAAGGUGUUUUAAAUAUUGAUCCUUCUCAUUCAGCAGCCUAUGUCCUUUUGUGCAACAUAUAUGCCUCAUCUGGCAAUUGGAAUGAGUUUGCAAGAUUGAAGAAGGAUAUGAGAAGCAGCGGAGUCCAGAAAUCACCUGGGAAGAGUUGGAUUAAACUCAAGGGCGAGCUGAAAGUCUUUAUUGUAGAGGACAGAUCGCACCCAGAGUCUGAUGAAAUGUACACAAUGCUGGAUCUGAUUGGAUUUGAAAUGGUAAAAGCGGGUUAUAUUCCAGAACUUUCAUGUUACUCACGUAAAUAUAUUAGUUCUGACCACACAUAUUAUGAUUUGCUGAGUGAAGAAAUGUUGGCUGAAUAUGGAGUCAGUUCUCAAUAGUCAUUGCUGACUUCCUAUCUUUUACCAUGUCACAAGAUUUUUUGCCAAUUGUCAAAGGAAAUCAAGGUUCACUAUCUCGAUAAGGUACUUGAAGCUAACAUUUAUGCUGUAUUUUGAUGAUUCAGUAACGGCAGGUUGUGGAUUUCCCUUUCCUAAAUGAAUGGAAGAAAAGGUAUGGUCUGUGACUAGAAGUUAACCUGUUUCUUUGGUUCCAGACUCUGGUUUCUAGUUGAACUAUUUUACAACAACAAAACCUUUUAAUCUCAAGCAAGUUGGGGUAGACUAGAGUUGAAACCCAACAGAAACCAUAAGUCAUGGUUCAGUCACGACUCACGAGUUGAACUAUUCUACAUGAGAUAAAUGUCUUUAUGUUGCGGUUGGACUGAAUACAUAGUAGGAAGCUACUGAAGUUGACUCUGCUGUUUCAUAGCUGAUGGCAGGUUCUUCUGCUGCCCCUCAAACUCUGUAAUGAUUUCUGUUGUAAUCUAGUUUUGAAAACAACAGCUGAUGGCAGGUUACACCUGUUUGAAGUGCCACAUAUUCGUGUCUAGCUGGUUUCAAGCUAGUGGACAAGACACAUGAAGUAUCUGAACUAUUACAGGUAGCAGCUUGCUAGUAGGCUGCCUGAAAUAUGUUCAUAUCAACACAUUUCAUGCAAUCAGUUGAGAUGAUACAUGGUGACGUUGACCAAUUCUGCAUAAAUGAAUCCACUUGGAGCAACCGAGGCAUAAUAGUUUAUCCUCCAUUUCUUUCACCUUGGAAUUGGGACUGAUUCCGAGCUGAUGGUAGACUGCUGGUUUUAUUGUGUACUUAGAGUAGCUGUUUAGAAGUGAUCUAUGUGUUAGAGUGGACGCAAUAACCAGUUCAACCCAAAAACUUAAACUGAUGGGAGAAGGUAGUCAAUCCACUAUUCCACUUAUACACUUCAACACCCUCACUCACGUGCAGCCAGAGAGAAAGGCGUAAAUAUGGAAAUAAAUAGGUGGAGACACAAAUAAAGUCUCUGCCAGGAUUCAAACUCGAGACCUCUGGCGGCUUUGUAACUAUGUUAGAGUAGACGCACUAACCAGUUGAACCAAAAGCUUAAACUGAUGGGAGAAACUAGUCAAUCCACUUAUACACUUUAACACUUUGGAAUGUCCUCAAGAUUUAUUGUUUGGUUUUGUUAGAUUAGCUUGGUAGAGAACUACAUCUGCUAAAGUAUAGUUUGAGAUCUGCACUAAUAAAACUUCAGCUGGAACUGCUGUGUGUAGAAUAUAAUCAAACAAUAACUUUAACGUCAAAAUACACAUUCUCUACAAAUUUUAAAAUCUUCCUUUCCUAAAAAGGAAAUCAAGAAUGAAAAGAAUGGCUUUCCAAGUCCAUUAAAUUCUAAGGGCAGUUCAUACUAGACCUAAACUACAAGAAAAGCCCUAGCAGUCGUGAGAUAAACCAUUUGCUUUCUCGGUGUCAUUGCUGUCUUUAGUUGCCAAAAGCGGUUCAACCUCCUUAUCUGGCAUCUACAUAUACAUCAUCAGAAACAUCAAAAGGGUGAACUGGAAAAGGUUGUACAUAUUAAUUGUACUUCAAGGACGAUUUGACAUUUUUUUGUAUAUUUCAUAAUGUAAAUUAUGUUGCAGUUGUGUUGAGAAUAUUUGAUAUCCCAUCCAGAAGCUAAAAUAAUUCACGACAUAUGGCACAAUUCACGAUAUAUGGCGCGUGUAGCCCACAUCAUUCUCUAAACAUUACAAGAUCCAAUCUGGUUCACAGUAUUGGAGGCACCAUAACUUUUGUCUAUCUGUACUAUACUAAUGCUUAAUACUGAUUCUUGUUAUUGUGUAAAUUAUAUUCAAAUCUAAAGUAAUUUCAAUUUUAUUUCCCAAAUUUGAAUGUUUAUUUCAUCGUGAUUAUAUCAAAUUAGAAGAUUCAACCACUACUGUAUUUAAUUUGAUGAAAGUGGACUCUUAAUUCUUGUUGCUGACUUAGUAUAGGAAUAGGAAUCAGGAUAGUCAUUGGCAUAAUGGCAUGGCUGUUCUAUGCUUAUCACCUAUCAGUUCAUUUCCUUUUGCUUCAUGAAAACUAUGUCUAUGGUAAAUAUGAUUUUAAAAAAAGAUAAAUAUGAAUCAUAAUGCAUGUUAUUCAAGGAAUGAAGAAAAAAACCUGUGAAACUGGCAGGGCAUCAUUUGCUGACUUCUUCUUGCCCUCUCUUACAGAGAAAUAGGAGUAUAGUGCCAUCCCAAAUAUGGCAAUUAGAAUGCCCAAUAUGUUCCUUAGAGUGAAAGGAUCAUGUAAUAGAGUGUAGCCAAAUGAUAGAACCAGACAUGUCUUAAGGUGACCAAGCACCUGGUACGUCACUGGGGAUGUUGUUCCAAUCACAAGAAAUGUACUGAAGUUCACAGACACCGCAAUCAAGCAAGAGAGGACAAUGAAACCCUACAUACAAUUCAUAUAGAGAGGAUCAUUUUUCAUUUCAUUGUAGAAUUUGAGGAUACAAUUUGGCCAACACAGGUGGUGGCAAUGGCGAGGCCAGAAAGGAUGGACCCAAGCAGAUUUAGCUUGAGAUCAGUAACUGAAGCAAUUCCUACUCCAAGAAGUAAGACCAGAAGAGAAAGCUUGAUACUCUCGCUGCACAUCAUUGAAUUGGUAUUAGCUCAGUGGAAAUAGCAGUUAAUAUCACAGGGACCAUUUAGGCCCAGAAAGUCAUACACACAUUUAAUCAAUCAGUUGAUCCAAGAGUUUAUUUGGAAAUAUCUGAAACUUGAUUGUUCUCCUGAAUCAAAAGAACAAAAUGGAUCCAGAAGAAUUUAGUGUUUACUUAAGUUAUUUUCUAUCAUUCCUUUGACCAUAAAUGAGGUUCAAUAUUGUGAGAAAACUGCUCUCAAACCUGAAUCUUUUCUUCAAGAAGAUAGUCUCCAAUAGCACAGUGAAAGGUAUGAUCGCCAAUUUUGUCAUCUGUAGAGCUUAGUUUAAUGUAUCUGCUCAUGUUUUAUAUAAAAAUGGUACCUAGACGAACUUACCUGGUAGAAUCCAAUGGAGUUGAAUCCUAAACUCAGAUUGAGAAGACCAAUUGACGUGCCAUUCAGCAACCCAAAGAGUAUGACUGUCUGUCCAUCAAUUGCCUUGGGCUCGAAGAAACGUAAGCGCUGUGCCACAUGGAGGGUGCAGAAGGUCACCAUCAGAUGCCAGCUUGUUAAUGUUGUAGCUGCAUUGGUUCGUAAACAAGAGGACAAUGGAAACUGAAGAUGCAACAGAGAGUGCAAGUGACCCGAUCACACCGAUCUGGAAACCAGCUGCCAUCUUAACCAACUGGUGUUUGUCUACUUGUCUGAAUCCAAACCUGUAAAGAGUAGUCUAAGGUAUGCAUACUAAACUUGAGAAAAUAAAAGCAUAUCGAGUUCGUUCCCUG